AUGCUGCCGACUAUCAGAAUGGCUCUCAAGAGCGAUCUUGGUUUCGUUCCCUCGGGCUUCGGUCUCGCCAAGUUCGACUUUUCCUCCCGCGUGCCCUCCAUGGCCCUCAGAUCGUCGAAGAAGAGUGGACUCCUUGCCUGCCAGGCUUCCGCUGAGGAUCUUGCGCAGAAAAUGAUUAAGAGUAACAAGGUCAUGGUUUUCUCCAAGUCAUAUUGCCCAUUCUGCAACAAGGCCAAGUCGACCCUUGAUGGUCUUGGUGUCAAGUACGAGGCCAUGGAGCUGGACAAGCGGGCUGAUGGCUCAGACAUUCAGGACUACAUGCUCUCUCUUACUGGCGCUCGCUCUGUUCCUCGUGUGUUUGUCGGCGGGAAGUUCGUUGGAGGAGGAGACGAUGUGGUGGCCAAGGCGAAGUCAGGCGAGCUGCAAGCGAUGCUCAAGCAGGCAGGAGCCAUGUGA